AUGGCCAAUGUUGGAGAAGUUGUUCGUGUUCGGCUUAUUGUAACCCGCAAGUGUAUUCUUAGGUGCGUUGGCUUUGUUGAGUUUGCUUCAGCUAACGAAGCAAAGAAGGCGCUGCAAAAGAAGAACGGUGAGCAUUUGCACAAGCGUAAGAUUAUUCUUGAUGUGGCUAUUAAAGGAAAUCCAUACUUUCCACCCAACAUCAAAUUUUUUAGUGAUGUUGGAGAAGUUGUUCGUGUUCGACUUAUUGUAAACCACGAGGGUAAGCAUGUGGGCUGUGGCUUUCUUGAGUUUGCUUCUGCUAACCAAGCAAAGAAGGUGAGUUGUUUUAUAGUAUUAAACAUCAAUUUCUUCAAAGAUGUUGGAGAAGUUGUUCAUGUUCGACUUGCUGUUGACCACAGGGGCAAGCACGUGGGCUAUGGCUUUGUUGAGUUUGCUUCUGAUUACCAAGCAAAGACGGCGCUGAAAAAGAAGAAGGGUGAAUAUUUGCACGAUUGCAAGAUUAUUCUUACUGUUGCUAAGAAAAUUCCAUACCUUCCACGACCCCACAUCAAAAUGUUCAAAAAGGUUGGAGAAGUUGUUUGUGUUCGGCUCAUUGUAGACCACAGGGGUGAGCAUGUGGGUUGUGGCUUUGUGGAGUUUGCUUCUGCUGACGAAGCAAAGAAGGCAGUGCAAGAGAUGGAUGGUAAAAAGAUUUUUCUUAAGAUGGCUGAGAUAGCUCCAUACCCUUUCCAACCCAAGUAA